AUGGAGUUUUUUGAGAUGAUAGAUCUUGGAUUGAUGACCUAUUUUCUUGGAAUGGAAAUUAAACAAAAUGACUAUGAAGUCUUUAUAUGUCAGAAGAAAUAUGGUAAGGAGAUUCUGAAAAAGUUUGAAUUUGAAGAAUGCAAAGACAUGAGAACUCCAAUGAACUCAAGUGAAUGGCAUCUCAAGGCUGCAAAGAGGGUACUUAGAUAUGUGAAAGGCACAAGUGAUUUCGGCAUUAAAUUUACAAGGAGCAAGGAGUUUAAGCUGCUUGGUUUCUCUGAUAGUGAUUGGGGAGGUUCCAUUGAUGAUAUGAAAAGCACCUCGGGGUAUUUUUUCACACUUGGUUCUCGUGUUUUCUCCUGGAGCUCGAAAAAACAAGAAAUCAUAGCUCAAUCCACUACUGAAGCAGAAUUUGUUGCUGCAACAGCCGCUGUUAAUCAAGCUUUAUGGCUGAGAAAUUUUUUAAUUGAUCUUAACAUGGAGCAGGAGGAAAGUACACAGAUUCUUGUUAUCUAUAUAGUUGUGAUCAUGGCAUGA